AUGAAAGAAAAUCGUUGCUUUGAAGGUCAUUUUCCUCAAGUAGUAGAAGAUCUGGAAUCGCAGACCAGUCAAGCGGUAAGCUCAAAACAAAUGGAACAUUCUGAUCAAAGACAGGUGCAAAAUCAAAGUAAGAUUAAGGAAUUUCAGUAUAAACAAAAGCAACUAAUUCCAAGGAUAAAGCUGCCAUUUCCACCAUCUACUCCUAAGAACAAGGACCACGAUGCUAUGCCUACAUUUCGACAACGAAAGUUCAGAGUUGAUUGCCCUGGUUCCCCGCUCAGUGAGGCGCGUGAAAUAAGAGUUAAAAACCGUUUCCCUGUGACCAUCUCCGUUGAUACUUUCCCUGUUACGGGUAAUCCGGCUCUGUAUAGUUGGUCGACAGACUCUAAUGACGAAGAAUGCAUCAAAAAUGACGUAGAAGGGGAAAAGGAAGUAAGAAACAAUGUUGAGGGUCUCUUGGGUCUCAAUUCUCCAAUGUCACGCCUUUGGGAUUCUGUCACGACAUAUGUCACGUCGAUUAGUAACCCUCAUAUUUAUAAGAGCCGCGGUCCCCAUCCCAUCGACUCUUUUGCGCAAAGACCUCUGGAAUGGAACGCAAAACUUUGUCGUCAAAAUCUAGAGCUAGCGGACAGCUUUGAUUCUCAGCGCGGUAAAGAUUCCGCCCUGGCGAGACAAAUGAUCAAAAACUGGCUUACUGACGUUAAUAUUAGAUCUAAAUAA